AUGGAGGCCGUGGAGCCGUGGCUAUCUUUCCCUCUCCUUUUGCUCUAUGCCAUCGCCAUUGUGGGAAACACCCUGAUCCUCCUCAUUGUUAAGGAGGAGCCGAGUCUGCACCAGCCCAUGUACUACUUCUUGGCCCUAUUGUCUGUCAACGACUUGGGGGUGUCAUUUUCCACACUGCCAACUGUGCUGACUGCCCUCUGCUUCCGGGCCCGGGUGAUUGCCUUUACUGUCUGCUUAGCCCAGAUGUUUUUCAUCCACUUCUUCUCUUGGACAGAGUCUGGCAUCCUUCUGGCCAUGAGCUUCGAUCGCUAUGUGGCCAUCUGCAAUCCACUGCAUUAUACCUCUGUGCUCACCCAUGCCCGCAUUGUGGCCAUGGGCCUGUGUGCUGUCCUCCGAAGCUUUGCCCUCAUCCUGGUCUUCCCACUGCUGCUGCACAGACUACCUUUCUGCCACCCCCGGAACAUCCUUUCCCAUGCCUACUGCCUUCACGUGGAUAUGAUCAAGCUGGCAUGCACUGAUGUCUCCCUCAAUAGCCACUAUGGACUGUCCAUUGUGCUUUUCACCUUUGGCCUGGACUCUGCCCUCAUUCUUCUCUCCUAUGUUCUUAUCUUUCGACCCGUGUUAGCCAUCGUCUCCCCAGGGGAUCGCCUCAAGACACUCAACACAUGUGUGUCCCAUGUCCUAGCUGUGCUCAUCUUCUAUGUGCUAUCGUGA